UCGAGGAUCGUGAGCACGCCUUAGAUUAGGCAAGGAUACAAUGUUACGUCUAAAUAGAGCCAUACUUUGAAAUCGAAUUAGAUGAUUGCAAUCGAAUAUAAAUAAUACGAUCAGGGCAGAAUUAUACUUCGUUGACUCACGUUAAAUAUUAAUUUAAUAAUCAUAUUACAUUGACGCACAAAUCAGGAAUGUUUCUUCCGGUUCCCAAGAGUACAAAAACAAAACGGAAGCUGAUGUGCAGGCCCUGAGGGGUCCAAAGCUCACCAGCUGCAUGGUGACCUCAUCGCCGUAGACGGCAUCUCACUGGGCUUUGCUUUCGGACCGAGCUGAGCGCCUGACAACCUGCGACUUUCCUGAAAACUCCAUCUUUCUUCGUCACUCUGGGUGCUUUGACUGCAGCUGCUCAGGACUGGGAUAGAUUCCCGGAGUUCAAAACUGGGACGUUUUUUUAGCCACUUUUCCCUCGCAAGGAAUUACAGUGUCCAGCUCUUCACAUUCCAGGUUGAGACUUUUUUUCUUCUCAGGUGGAAAAAAUACUGUGAGGAUCUCAUUUUUCUCCCCCUGGAGAAUUUCAGCCUGUCUCUCCGUUGUAGCUGGCAGGUGGCAGCCCUCCUGUGUGUGUACCUGUGCCCCUCAGCUCUGACGCAGGCGGCCAGGGCCGUGCUGGGCAGCUUUCUCCGGAGAUGAAGCUGCAGGCUGUGAUGGAGAACCUGCACAGGCAGCAGAGGGCCAAGCUGCUCCUGGAGCAGCAGCAGCAGCAGGCUGGCCAGGCGCGGCGCCCCCCCCAGGCCCCCUCGCUGGACGGGGUUGGCGCAGGGAGCCCCGCCCCCGAGCCGGAGUCGGCCGAGACGGUGGCGCUAGCGGCCAUGAGGGCAGCCGCCGCCGGCCUGCAGAGGGCGCCGGAGAGCCCCAUGUCGGAGCACAGCAGCGCAGGGGACGACGAGGAGGACGAGGAGGAGGAGGAGGAGAGAGAGGGCCAUUACAAGGACAUGAUGGGCUCUGAUGAAGAGGAGCACAUAAAGCAAAAGUGGGAUGAAGAUGACUUUGAGAAGGACAUGGAGGAUGACUAUGAGGAUGGUCUGGGCGAGGAGGCCGUGACGGUGGGAAGGGACAGGGUGACGGCCGGGAGAGGCGUCCUCCUACUGCCCCACCGCCAGCUGAACCCGCACGGCCUGCAGCUCAAGGCCCGGCCCGCCUCGGACCCAGAGGCACGCAUGUCUUCCCUGGCGCCUCAUGGCUCUCACAGCCAGCUGGCUGCCCAGGACCACGGCGAGUGGACCUAUGAGGAGCAAUUCCGGCAGCUCUAUGAGUUGGACUCGGACCCAAACAGGAAGGAGUUCCUGGACGACCUCUUCAGCUUCAUGCAGCAGAGAGGAACGCCGGUGAACAGAAUCCCCAUCAUGGCCAAGCAAGUGCUGGACCUGUACAUGCUGUACCAGCUGGUGACGGAGAAGGGGGGGCUGGUGGAGGUCAUCAAUAAGAAGCUGUGGAGGGAGAUCACCAAGGGCCUGAACCUGCCCACCUCCAUCACCAGCGCAGCCUUCACGCUGAGGACGCAAUACAUGAAGUACCUGUACCCUUACGAAUGUGACAAGCGUGGCCUCAGCAACCCCGACGAGCUGCAGGCAGCGAUCGACAGUAACCGGCGGGAGGGCCGGCGCCAGAGCUUCGGGGGGUCGCUCUUCACCUACUCGCCCAACGGCACCCCCACCAUGCUCUCCUCACCCAAACUGGCCAUCCCCAGCAUGGGCAUGUCUGUGGGCACCAACGGUGCUGCGCUCACCCCCAUCCAGAAGAUUAAGAAAGAAGACGACGGCGGCCAGGCCCCCACAGGCGGGGGCCGGGGGGGUGGCUCUCUGCUGAGCCACUCGGCGGCGGCGGCCCAGGUGGCCAUGGCGGCCCAGGCGGCCGCAGCGGCUCAGGUGGCCGCGCUGGAGCAGCUCAGGGACAAGCUGGAGGCCGGUGAACCACCCGAGAAGAAGAUGGCUCUGCCGGCCGAAGAGCACCAGCGGCUCCUGCAGAGGGCGCUGCAGCAGAACCUGCUCGCCAUGACGGCUCAGAUGCCCAUGAACAUACGCAUCAGUAACCAGGACGGGAGGCAGGACUCUGCCCUGAAUCUUAGCACUAAUGGCAUGAGCAGCAUCAGCAUGUCUGUGGAGCUCAAUGGGGUCGUCUACACUGGUGUGCUUUUUGCUCAGGCACCUGGGUCAGCCCCGUCAGGCCCCCCGGGAACCUCAAACUCCAAUAGCAGCAAAGCGCCCGGCAGCCGGAGCAGCUCGCAGCCGGUGCCCCACACACCUACCUCAUCCUCCUCCACCAACCCGUCGCCAUAGCGAUCUCGCCCCACCCUUUUGUAAAGCUAACUAAAGCCAAAAACCAACCUCAUUUUUUAUAUAGCCUACACCAAAAAAGGAUGGAAAAAUAUGAAUUAAAGUUGAAGCUAACAUGGUAUCUCAGGUGUUCCGCCACCCUUUUUAACUUCUCAAACAUGUUCCUGAUUAGCAGCCAGUUUUCUCAGAAGAGCCAAUGUAGUGGAGAUGCAUAUCCACAACCUGUGAAUCACUUAUACCAUAAAUGUACAGACUACAAGAGAAUGAAAGGAAUUCCAAUGUAGCGCUUUUCCACUGCUCAUACAUUCUUCACACAUCUACUGAUAAACUUCUCUUCAAAUGAGGAAAAAUUCAAUGUUUUAUUUUAUAUGAAUGUUGAUAUGAUGGUGAUUUAUUAUUAUUUCUAUUAUUAUUAUAAACCAUGGUAACUGCAAAGAAAAGUAUAUUUAGGGUUUUAAAAAGAAUUUGUAAAUAUCCUCUAUUUUAUUCUUCAGAUAGUUUAUAUAUACUUUUUUUUUUCUUCAGGGCGUAGCAAAGCACCGGCGUGACCUCAGCGUGACACUCAUUUUCAGAUUUUACGAUGUUAAACAGGACACAAUAUUUGAUGGAUAAACAGUUGGUACAUAACUGUAGCCAAACGUCCAACAGGCCUCCCCGCAAACAUACAGAAAGACAAUACAAUGUAUUGUUUAGUUAUUCAAGAAGUCCUUUUUUAUAUAUAUAUAUAUAUAUAUAUAUAAUAUAAAAAGCCUUGCAGGUUUGUUUUGAUCUUUUGGCCCUUUCUCUGGUGUUGGACCUCAGCUUGCGAGGAAUAUGUCAAUCUGUAGGCUUGGCUAGUCUUGCUCAGCUCAUCUCUCUGGCCUUUUAACGCUUAUUUAAUCUGAAAAUAUUCCGUAGUGGGUGAAGUGCUGUAAUUGGAGUUCAGGUGUAUACCACAAUACCUCAGUGCUGCAGAUCCAGAAUGGUGAGCUCUCACCACUGUAACUGGCUGAAUAUGGUAUGUUUUGUUAUGUCGGGGGGGGCUCCGUGCCCAAGGGCCCGUGGCAGUGAAGUGUGCAGGGCUGUUGGACUUUCUCUCUUCUUGUUCUUUUGCCUGCGAUGUGUGAGACCAUAUGAUUUCAUGGCUGGAUUGCAGCAGGAGACCUGGCAUGAUGUUCGCUUCUCACGGGGAUUCCGGGUGAGGAGCGAGAGAGAGAGAGAGCGAGAGAGAGAGAGAUGAGCAGUAGGUUGGUGAGCUUUCUUCGUUACUGCAGUAGCCAAAGAAUAACAUGGAAAUGUAGCCUAAAAGUAAGUAAUCACGGCAUUUUUUCAGUUAUGUCAGUGAGUAGGCGCGCUGAAAGAGAACAGGCUUCGGUGUUGUUCUGGUAUGCAAACGGACCAGUUUAAUGUGGCGUAAUACAGAACUUUGCUUUUAAUGCAAUGUUCCGUGUCUUACGGCAUGUCUGCAAGAUUAUCUGCAAAAGAUUUAGUUUUUUCUUGCUCCGCCUCUUCUGAUCCCCAGGCUUGUGUGGUACAAUGACGCCUUGCAUUAAAUCAGAUGGGCUGAAUGGAAGUGCAUGACUGCCUGGUUUGACAGAAAAUGAAGCCACACAGUGGUGUGGUUGCGAAAUGUUUUUCGACUGGCUUUCUUGAUUUGACUGCUUUGUGAUACCUACACAGGUUUGUUUCUAGUAAUUUUGAUGGUAUUUCUCUUUGCUGUGUAUCAGUUGCUGGUUGUUGGCUUCAUGGUUGUUUUUCAGGCUCGAAGCUUAUAACAGUGUGUGCUUAGAAUAACCAUUCAGACAGUGCAGCUCAGAAACCCCUGGCAGCUAUCAGUCCCUAAGCUCAUACACCGACACACUAAUAUCAAUCUUUCUGCUGGUUCCCUAGAUUGCUACACGAAGGACCCUCAUGGUUAUUCUGUUACAAAAAGGCUUUAUGUUAAAACUCUGAAAUACCUCACUGUUCAUCCACUCUGUCACUUCAAAUUCCGCAACACUAUCAACCUGACAACAUAUAUAGACGGCAAUUCUGGUGGUGCAAUAAAGAUAUUUUUAAUUUUCUACUGAUUCACUAUUCUAUAUGGAAAAUAUUAUUAGAAUUUAUUUCAAAGUUUUACUAUUCCAGGAAAAAAAGCUUUUGGCUAUUAUCUUUAGAGCUCAUAUUUCUGUAGUUGUCCUGAUUAAUGUUGCUGCUGUAAAUGUAUGGUAUUCUGUGCAACAUUCUCAUAAUAAAAUGUUUCCUUUCGCCUCUUUGAAUCUGAAUCAGAAUCAGAAUAAGAAUUGUUAUUUUGUCACCAAGUACUUUAAUAUAGGAGGAAUUUGUUUUGGAGUAUUCAGCUGAAGUAGACAACAGCACAAAUCGGUCAUUAAUUUAUAGAAACAUUUUUAACUUAGGAUGAUUUUUGGAAGCAGAAUAGGGUAAUUGGUUGUUACUCCUGGUUAAAGUGUAUUUGCAUUUUUAAAUUAUUGUGGUGUACAUGUUAAAGUGGGAGAAGUGUCAUAUGGUGAGUUUCAAAUUGAUUAUCCAAUCUCAGUAAAGAAUUUAUACUUUUAUUUAUUUUGCCGAUAUUUGGAGUGUUGCGCAAAAGUAAAGAGAAUCUCAUGCGGUGUGUUUCCUUCUGCAGCAUUGGAAUAUUUUUUUUGGUGAAAAUGAGUCAUUCAGCACAUAAAUGUGUAAGAUUAUGUACUUCGGAAAAGUGUAAACACUUGCCCAUUUUACAGCAGACUUUGUCUUGAAUGAUCUGUUAUUCAACUGGAUUGAGGUGUUUUUUGACUGGUUCAGUACAGCUGUGUGUGGCAGUUUUAUUGGGUGAUUUUCAUAAUAACUUUUAACCAUAUCAUGUUUGAAUAGGAAAAUUCCUAAAGUUUCAGAUUUGAAGGACAGAAAAUAAGAGCAAUGCAACAAAAAUCUGAAAUCUGUUUUUUCUUUUAAAUUAAAAAUGUGAUAUUUGGAUAUAUCAAUUCAUCUUAGUCUACUCCUGAUCAGAAUCUUGGGGUAUUUUGGUAAGUUGUAAUUAUGUAGAGCCAAAUAUGGAAAGCAGCAUUAAUUCAAUCAAAUGAAAAGAUUUUUUGAGUGAUUUUGUUCUGUUGCAUUGUUUUAUUCCUUUUUGGGUGGCUGUAUUAUUAGCAAUGAGCUAAAUGAGGUUUUGUAAAAGUUUGGUAAAUUUAAAUCUCUCUAUAGACAUAACAAACUAACGUUUUUUUUUUUCUUUUUAAGUUCCCCUAAUUGGUGGUUUUGCUCCAUUUGGGGUAAAUAUCUGGCGCUUACUGUAAGAUACGUGUUUAUGUUUCAAUGUCCUGGAUUAAAAAUAAAUAAAUGAUAGUAAGCCGAGUGACUAACCCUAUCCCUCAGGUCAGUUCUGAUGUUCAGGUUGACCUUCUGACCUCCUGGCUUUCUGCAGGGUCUUGUCCAGCUGCAGGUGAAUAGCUCUGUGUCUCUCUGAAGUCUCUGAGGCUGAACAUUCAGAAAUGUCUUUGUUGUUGUUAUGACGGCCAAAGCUGUUACUCCAGAUCCAAAAACUGUGUACCUUUACUGAUUGCUCUCAGGGAAAAUGCUGUUUAUGCCUUAAUGUUUAUCAGGGGAUGUUACAACACUGAAUACCUCAUGGAUAUAUUUGCUGAAGUCGAUUUCUCAUAUAUGAGCUUUUGUCUACCUCACAAAACAGAAAUACGUUCAGACAGGCUUUAGCAGACAGGAACAUCAUGUGACUGUCUGUCCCAAUCACACGGCAGGAUGGUUCUGAAGCACAGUGAGCUGUAUAAUAAAUAAACUGAAUAUGGUUGCAACGAGUUUUAUUUUUGGUGAAUGAAAUGUGUGGAAAAACAAGUAGUUUUUUUUUUUAUUAUUAUUAUUAUUAUUAUUAUUAUUAUUAUUCCUGAAAUUAUUGGGAGAUGGAGAUCAAGGAUUCUCCCCCCCCCCCCUUAUCAGUUCUGUUCUGGGGGCAUUUACAGCAUGUGGUGCUACUUUGAAGGGGUUUUAAUUCUCCUAUUUUAAACCCAUUAUAUUGUCAGGGUGUUUUUAGAGUCUGGAAAUGGAUUUUGCUCCAUUUAUAUUAUAUUGAUGUGUUGUUUGUCAAUAUUGAUUUUUUAAUCUAAAUUUAAUUUUGGUCUUUCCUACUACUAUAGAUAGGAAGGUUUAAACUCUCCGUGUUUGAUAGUCAGAGGCCCUUUACACAUAUAUUGCUCUGAGAUCCUCGCAGCCAGUCUCUUUAUACUUACGAGUUUCCUCUCUUUGCCUGUUGCCACACCCCUGGAAAGUGGCCUUUAGGCCGAAUUCCUUUUGCCCGGGCCGUUCUAUUGACGAAAUGCACUCGCUUUACAGAUGUCUGAUGUUAGUCCUGUCAGGUUGAAAUUGGAGGGUCUCAAUACUGCACCCCUGUGGAUUGAAAACAGCAUUACAUCAACAAAGGAUAUUAUGAUGGUAGUGAGGCACAACCACAUCUGUUUUAUUGUUAACAUGAAUUAGACGUGCUGAUGCAAAUUAUGAAACCUUAUCUUCUACUGUUCUUCUGCUUUUAUGUAUUGUGUUGCUUGUAGGCUAUAGCUUUUUUCUUUUGUCCAAUUGCUGGAAAAUUUGGAAUAAGGUUAAACAAUGGAUUUUUGCUAUGUUUAUCAGUGAGUUGUUUUUUUUUUUUGCUCUCAAGGCUAUGAGAUAACAGCAUGUUAUCAUAAUCGAGUGAAAGUGACACCAUAAAGUGGCUCAGGAAGAAUCUGUUUGCAUGCUGUGAGAAUAUGGAGGUCUUGUGUUUCAAAUUCCACUCACAUUAUUUUGGAGAACAAUCCUGAAACUAUAAUUGUCUUAAAGCGUUUAAUUCAAACAUGGCAAUAAUGGCUGUAAAAUGUAUUUCUGUGCAUUUCUAUGGUCUUUUAUUCAGUUACUGAUCCAUGUCUAACUUAAUUAUUGCAGCUGCUACAAUGUAUCUGGCAUUUUUUUGAUCACACUUGGCAGAUGUACUAACCACAAUGGUAAAAAUAAAUGUUUACUAUACCAGAGACUAACAAAGCCACUACCAAGCUCACUCUCUGAAGCCUUAAAGAAUAUGACGUUUUGGUUUGACUUUGCUGUCUGAAAGAAACCACCACUGUGAAUGUUAUUUGAUUUAGAGCUUAAUUUUCCUUCCAUUUUAAAGAGAAAGUGCUGAAUAUCUUUACUACUAGGUACUCUAAUAGAAUUGCAAGUGCUGGGGGAAAAACUUUACAUUGUCGUGUUUAAAACUAGUUACUGGAACAGUAGUUUAUUGCAAGAGAGUUUUUUGGGGAAAAUUACCUUAAAUUUUGCUUAUUAAAUGAUACAAUGCCUUUUGCUGUGACAAUUCAUAAUGCUGUUUCCCCUCAUAUAAAACUGAGUUAAGCUUUGUGGCUUUUUAAAAUGAAUAAAUGAGCAUUAUUUUGUAAAUAAAGUUUUGUCCUUGAACUUCAUUAUAUUAACCCAGCAAAGGUUUCAUAUGUAUUUUGUAAAAGAUGCAUUCCUAGAGUAAUCUAUCUUCUGACAUAAAAAUUAUAUAUGCAAAAACAAUGUGAAAUUAAAUCAGACAUCAUUUUCAGGAAACCCACUCCUACCUUCAGUUUCACAGAUUGGAGGCAGAGCAAAGGGUACAAGGGUUUUCAUCUCUUUAAGAAACCCAAAUCUGGGGAAAUUGCUUGUGGUGCACUUGCAUGAUGAUUGUGAAUAGUUUCCAUAAUAGUGAGGCCUGUGUCAUCAGGCCAGGAGCUGUGCAGAGCUGUGGAAAGCUCCAGCUGAGAGACGUGUGGAUCCACUGCAGAUCACGGUGUGUAGGACAGUCUAUGUGUAGGACAGUCUACAUGUUAGAGAUCUGCUUAUAUAACUUAUCUGGUGAUACUUUAUUCGAUAAGUAAUUGUGUAUAGUGCAGCUUGCUGACUAUUUGUGAACUGUUUUUAUAACCUUGGACAUAUAGCAAUCCUUUUUCCAAAAAGAAAAAAACAACAGUAAAUGGGUAUUUUGAAGCCAUCUUUUGCUGGAGAUGUAGAAAGCAGUAUUAAAAAGCUAUAAUGUAUGGCAUGUUCUGAAUGCUUAGGGUUUGAUGUGGAAGUGUAUGGUCCUUUCUGAGAAUAGAACUGUUUUACUUUCCCAAAUGAAAUGGAAAUUUAAAGGCUUUUUUUGUGCAAUCCUGGAAAGCUUUUGCAGUCAGAUGUUUUGCAAUGUAAAAAAAUGUACAACUUCAGAAAGAAAGGGUCAUUUUUCACUUUUAGCACUGUUUUAUAAAUUACUGUACAGUGCAUUAUUGUUCUCAGGUUUAAACAAAGGCCCAUGUGUCAUUGGUUUGUAACCAAAACACAUUGAAGGUUUACACAUUUUGUACUCAGAUAUGUAUUCAAGCCCAGAUUAAUAUACACAAAUGGAGAAUUUAAUCUGUAACCAAAUAAAUUCUAAAGAUUGUCAAUAAAAUUUUCUGAUAUUUGCAUCA